AUGCGAAUUUUCAAAACUGGACAAUGUGAAUUCGAAGGACAUCCGGAAAAGAUCGCUUGGGAAAGAAUAAUCAAUGAUUAUCUAGAUGAUAAUGGAAAUUUGGAAGUGAAUGUUCGUGUGAAAAUAUUAGGAAUGAAUGAAGAGAAAAGUAGAAAAGUUUUGAGAAGUUUUGAAGACAAACAAUUCUCAGAUGUUGCUCUUGUGAUUGAUGAACAGAAGUUUCAUGUUUCAAAAUUGUUCCUCUCUUCCCAAUCCCCCUACUUUGCUAAUCUCUUCUCCAGAAAUUCUGGAAAAUCGGAAAUCAAACUUUCUACUUCAAAUCCUCAAAACUUACAAUUCUUCCUGGAACUCCUUUACGGAGAACCUGGACCAGAUGAAGAAACUGUUGAGGGAAUCUUAUCAAUUGCUGAUAUGUACAACACCCCCACUAUCAUCAAAAAAUGUGAAGAAUAUCUUUUGGAGAAAUCAUAUAAGCCACUGAAAGAAAAAUUGCAAAUGGCUGGAAAAUACAAAUUGGAAGAGUUGAGAAAAAGGUGUAUGACUAGAAUUCAAUCAGUCUCUGAUGUCAAAAGUGUGGCUGUAGAGGAUCCAGUUGAAAUGGAUCACGAUCUUCUUGCGGAUCUGUUCCAGAAGAUUUUAUCAUUAAUGCCGAAAGUGAUUCAUACAAUAAUGGAGAAACCGAUAGAGUACGCUAUUCUGCUUGCUGUAACAUGCUCAAUUUUUGUGGGGGUAUGUCGUGUCAAUUCAUCGAGUACUGUUAGAGAGAUAAUACGUCGGCGUCCAAUUUUCGAGUCUGAUACCGAAGAGGAGAGUGAGGAUGAAGAAGGAGCUGUUGAUGCGAAUUGA